GAGAUAUUCUUAAGUUAAAUAUUUGGGACCUAGCUUCUCUUCUACCUCCAAAGCUAAAAGAAGAAAGUUUCUCAAACUCAAACUAAAAAUUCUUGAAAAGAGGCUAUAUAUAUUUGGAUUGUUUGACAUCUAUUUACUAUGAAUAUCGGUUACAAUGACUCCAGUAUGUAAUUUACAGAACCACAAAGUAAAAAUAAUAAUUAUCAAAUUAAGUAUAACAUAGUGCCCCAAAAAGUUGAAUGUGUAUAUAAAGGAGUUAAAUGGCUCAAUAGUUAUCUCUCUCGAAAUUUAUGACGUACCAGGUACUUUGUUCACCAAAUUUCAAUACUCCUAUCUUUUAAGAAAGCCUCUUUUGAAUAUAAUUUAAAAUUCACAUGAGUUGGAAAAAUACAAUUGUAGCAAGAUUUAACAAAAUAAAUCAAAGGUCAGUGAUAAGAAUUUAAUAGACAACGCACGUGGUUGGAGAGAAGAACAGAAAACAAUGUCAGAAUGUUUUCUACGUUCAUAGAAUCCGAGGAAGUCACCGAAUGAACGUAGUAAACAAAGAAACAUGUCACCACGUUACAGCAUACACCAUUCCCAUGCUGGUUUUUCUGAACGUGGGAUUUUGAUAAUAUUAGCGACAUGGCAUUGAGGAAGAAGGGAUUAGGUGCCGUGAAAUCAUCAUCAAACACAAAUCGAAAAGUAGUUGGUGAUGGUGGACUAGGGUUAGGGUUAGACUGUGAUAAGUAUAAGAAAGGAUUUGGGAGGAAGAGGGUUUUGAUUCCCAUUGGCAAGAAUCGAGAGCUUGAAUCUCUUCCUCAAGAUAUCCUGAUAAGGAUUAUAUGUGGAGUGGAGCAUGGAGAUUUAAAGCAGUUGUUUAAUGUGUCAAAGACUAUACGUGAAGCUACAUUGAUUGCGAAGAAAUCACAUUUUGAAUACAUAACACCAAGGAAAACUCUGUUUUUCCGGAACAAGGUUGAUCAUUUGGGAAAUGAGACCGAAGUUCCAUUGAAGAAAAAAACCCGGCUUUCCAGGAUAUCCUGCGAAAAGAAAGCUUCUAAAAUCUCAGUGGCUCUUUUCAAAUGAAUAUCUGACAAUUUGGAUUUCAGGAUCAGGUCUUUCCCCUUUCUUGUUGUGGGAAACCUAGUGAAAAUAUUCGACACCACAUGCAAUCACACGAUCCAGUUUCUUCAAGAGCUUUAGUUGAAGAACUGGUUGAAGUUAAACUUCUUUAGUUUUUUUUACUAGGGAGCUUUGUUUGGUCUGUCUGUAAAUUGUUGUUAGGUAGAGAGAUGAUAGUCUUUUGAAAUGCUAGCUUGACACAUAAAGUGCAAUUUUUGUU